CUACCAGCUGAGGAGAGUCAAACAGCCAAAAAUGAGUACAGCAAAAAAAGCAAAAGCAGAUAGUGGAAGAUCAUUCCAAGAGGCCUGGACAGAGUCAUUUGGAGUGAUUGAACGCGAUGGGAAAGCGUUAUGUAUUCUGUGUUAUGAAAGUGUUGUGUGUCGCACGUCAAGUGUCAGACGGCACUUUGAAACCAACCACAAAAGUAUUGUCAAGCUUAGUGAAACUGAAAGAAAAGAGUUUCUUAAAAGCAGUUUUCAAAUGUCACUGUGCAUAGCAAAACGUGGUAAGUUCCUCUCUGAUGGGGAUAUUAUCAAAACGGCCAUGUUGUCUGGGAGUAAUUCUCUUUUUCAUGAUUUCCCAAACAAGGAUAAAAUUAUUCAACGUAUCUCUGAGAUGCCACUUAGCAGGAAUACUGUUGAAGAUCGAGUCCAGCGCAUGGCAAGUGAUGUUAAUCAGCAGCUCACCACAGACUUACAAAAGGCAGCCUGUUACUCUAUGUUUUUGGAUGAAAGCACAGAUAUAAAUAAUCAAGCAAGGCUAGCAAUAAUUUUGCGUUAUGCUGUUGGUGACAUCAUGAGAGAAGAGCUGGUGAAACUGGUGUCUUUGCCUGAAAGAACACAAGGGAUAGAUAUUUACAAUGCUGUGAUGGAGGCUUUUUUGUCACAAGACAUAAGACCAGAAAAAGUGGUUUCAAUUACUAGUGAUGGGGCACCUUCUAUGGUGGAGACAACAUCUGGUUUCAUACAGUUGUUUGUUAAAGAAACAAAACAUCAAGUUAUUCAGUUCCAUUCUAUUAUACAUCAAGAAGCUCUCUGUGCCAGGGAAAGCUGUAAAAAAUUUAACGAUGUUCUCAAAGACGUCACAAUAGUGGUGAAUUACAUGAUGGCUCAUGCUCUGAAUUUUCCACAGUUUCAAGCACUUCUUGAGGAGGUUCAGGCACAGUAUAAUUGUUUACUUAUGUACAAUAAUGUCCGGUGGCUGAGCAGAGGACGAGUCCUGGAGAGAUUUGUAGCCUGCUUGGAGCAAAUUAGGUUGUUUAUGAAUGAAAAAGGGCAGGAAUAUCCACAGCUCACUGAUAUUGCCUGGCUUACCAACCUCAUGUUUUUUACAGAUUUUACACUACACUUCAGUGUACUGAACAAACAACUACAAAGUGUAGGGAAAACAGCAGAAAGGAUGUUUUGUGAUAUCAAAGCAUUUGAGGAAAAACUGCAAGUUUUUGAAAGAGACCUUGAAAGUGGGCAGCUGAAAUUUUUUCCAAAUCUAAAAAUGCAUUUAGAAAAUUCUACAUUUGCAGAGAAUCCUACAAGCCAUCAGGAAAUCUACAAGGAAUUUUCUAGCAUUGUAGCAGCUGCAAAGGUGAACUUGAGUAACAGAUUUUUACAGUUCCGUAAGAUGGGGACAACCCUGUGUUUUCUUACUUCUCCAGAUAAAGUCGAAUUUAAAGAACUUGAUCUUUCCUGCUUACACUGGUUAGAUUUAGAAAAUCUGGAAAUGGAGCUAUUGGAAUUUCAAGAAAACACUAUAUGGACAAAUAAAUUCUGUAACCUGCGUGAAACACUUGAGAAGAUAGAAGGGAUGACAAAGGGCAGCAGAGUUUGUUCUGAAAAUGAAAUCCUUAAAGUGUGGAAUUUUCUGCCAAAUUGUUUUAAGUCAAUGAAAGCACUUGGGAUUGCUUUCCUUACUUUGUUUGGAUCAACUUAUGCUUGUGAGCAGGUGUUUUCAGUUUUGAAUAAUGUCAAAUCUGACAGCAGAAACAGACUAACAGAUGACCUGAGUGCUGCAUGUGUUUCUCUCCAACUUACAAAGUAUGAGCCAAGGUUAGACAAAUUAUCGGCAUGCAUACGACAGCAAACAUCACAUUAA